AUGUCGGACCGCAGCCGCAUCGCCGCGCUCGCCACCAAGAUUGCGCAGAUUGAGCAAGAGAUUGACUACUGGCGGCGCCACGAGCAAGAGGUGGCCGCGCAGCUCGACAUGGCCAUGCUCAGUCUGCGGCAGUACACGUCGGUCGGCCAACUGCCCGAGCACUCGGUGUCGGUGGCGGUCAACAAUCACUCGACGGCGCUCAACCAGAUUCGAAACACCCUGACGACGCUGCAUAAUAGAAAGGCCGUCGCCGAGUCGCAGCAAAGGGAUCUGAUGCGGCGGCUCGGAAACGGGCACUAG